GCUGCGCGAGUGAGGCGCGUUAAACGGUAUCCCUAGAUCCUUGCCGAGAGAAAAUCGAGAUGACAGCCAUCGAGAGCAAAGAGGAGAUCAGCGACACAGACAGUGGGAUUAUCUUGCACUCUGGUCCAGAUAGUCCCACAUCACCCAUGAAGGACAUGACCACCCACACCAGGGCCUUAAAACUGAAGCACCAGGCCCUGGAGGAUCGCCUGGAGCUCUGUCUGCUGGAGCUUAGAAAACUGUGCAUUAGAGAGGCAGAGCUGACUGGUAAACUGUCCUCAGACUAUCCUCUCAUGCCGGAUGAGACCCCUCCUCGAGUUCGAAGACGGAUCGGUGCUGCCUUCAAGCUGGAUGAAGGUCUGAUCCAUCAAGAUGGAGAGGAUUCAGAGUUGCAGGCACUGGAAGCUGAUCUGGCUCUUCAGCGCCAGAUUUACGAGGCCACUCGGAGACUCUCCCUGGAGGAGAACCUCAGCAAACCCCAGAAGAAGAGUCGACUACUGCAGUGCAAGAAGGAAGAGAGUAAAGUGAAGGAGCUGCAGGAAGCUGUAUUCCAGCUCAGGAUCAGGAAUGAGCGUAUCUCACCGCACACUGACACACUGACCGGCACACACAAAGAUCUCCCCAUGUCUGAUGACAGCUCUCUGUCAGAUGUGGUUGCCCUGGAUGAUGAUGUGGAUUCCUCCUGCUUGCUCUCUCCUCCAGGGCUGGGCUCCCCCUACUCAGAACCCCUUCAGUUAUCAGCCUCCCACCUCCAGUCGCAGUCCUCCCAGCAGUCACCGAGCCAGACAAUCGGGGAGUACGAGCGCUCCCCCAUCCAGAAUUCUCCAUGGAAGGAGUCUAGUCUGGACCAGCCUUACCAGAAGCCUAUAAAACCUCUCUCUGCUUGCAGCAGCAGGUCUAGUAGUCCAGUGGCCAUCCCAGUGAAUACGGACAACAGGGUUCUUCCCCCCCAGUUCAUCAAGAAGCUGGCAAUCCGCCAUGCCCACUCCACCAGUGCCCCCUCCACCCCAGAGUUGCAUGUUCGCCGACAAUACUCCCAGUCAUUCAGACUUCCUAAAAGUAAGCCAGCCCCUGAUGGGGAGCGGUUCAGCUCAGAAAAUGGUCAGGGAAGGGCCAGAUUGCUGCAGCAACGCUGCGUGGCUGACCUCAUGAUGCGUUCCCCAGAGUACUCCCCCCAGCGGCUGUAUCAGUCCAGCUCUGAAGACAGCAGCUCUGAGCACUCGGCCUCCUCCUACACCAGCUCUCCCGGCAGAGACGGCCCCACAGAGAUACCCAAGCUGUUCCCUCCCCCUUAUGGUUUCCAUUUUGGAGCUCAGAAUAAAGGGCUGAACGAUUUCACCAGCCCCGGGGUGUACAAGAACAACCAGCCCCAGGCUAGUCCCAGCCACAGCAGAGCCAUGCCAAAGGAAGGCCCCCUAUCCCCACAGGACCUGGACAUGGCAAAGCUCCACCUGUCUCCACCUACCCCAGUGGCCCGCAACCCCCAGCAGAGACAGUGGCAGGAAGGAGGAUCCUCCCCCAGGAGGAUGCUAAAACCCCCUCCUCCCUACACCAGGCUAGUCCGAACACCAUCGCUGAAGGAGUACCCAAACCAUGUUAGCCGGCUGAUGCCCAGGGAGAUUGUGUCUGAGGAGCUCAAGUCAUGGCACCAGAGGAAUCAGCACCAGAAGUCACGGUCGGCCUGUGUGGAGCGCCAGGGCUCCUACAGCAUCAAAAGCCCUACUAACCCGCCUCCAUACAAUCAGGGUCCUGGCAAUGUCAUUCUGCAGAGAGCUUCAGAUGGGACUCCAAUCCAGUGGUUUGUGGAAGAGGAUGCUGAAAUAGUGAGCCAGGUGUAACCUAGACUACAGAGCUACUGCAGUAUGUUGUGCGUUUGUUCUUUUCUAUUUAUCUCUGUAUUUAUUAAGUCAAUGGACACUCCGUAAGACUGUAUGCCUUUACUGGCAGGACACUACCUUUGAAAAUAUGCAGAAAACUGUGGGCCUUUUGGUACCAUGGUCAGCAUACCUGUGCCCCACUUUUUUAAUUUAAAACUUGAUGUAAGGCAGUAUGCCGGUUUAUUUAUUUUUUGAAUAUUCUAAAUAUUUGCUAAAUUGGUUUUUCUGAGGUAUCUGGAGUGAAAUGAAGAGAUUCUUCCGAACAAAACGAGCAUGAUUUUUCAAGUUUUAUACAUGUAUCAUGGAUUAGAGCAUAUUAAACCGACAUACUGUACGUUUCAAGAAUCUCCUUGAGAUCAGCACACAUUUUGCACAAUAGAUUUUCACCUAGUUUCCAAAUAUUCCAUAAGUUUGGGUAAAAUAAUUCUUUCCAUGCUAUAUUUAUCUAUUUAAAGUCUUUACCCUCAUAGCAUAGACAACUAUCACUAAAAUUCCUAAUAUACGUUUUUAAAAUUCAUUGCUCGAUUUUUCAUAUAAUUAAGAUGGAAUAACAGUUGUGGACGCAAGAUAACGUGAAAUAAGCUGGAUCUUAACCAUUGCUAUUAAUUUUUAUUAACCCCUGAUGCCUUUUUAAUAGUGAAGCGGUUUGUGGAAUGUUUUCACUGCAAUAUGUUUUGUUACUAACUAAGUGAUUGUAUCAGUUUUGAUAUUGUUAGUAUAUUUAUAAUAAAAAAAAACUUUUU